ACUGAGACCAAGAUGGGUGGAAGGGAAGUAGAAUCCGGAAGUGAGUUGGAUAUGGAGGAUGAAUUAGAUGGCGGGGAAGAUGAAAGAAAAACAAGUAGCAAGUGGACUUUAGUAGAAAAGCGAAAAAGGAGAAAAGAUUGGAGCCAGACUUCAGGAACAGAGAGUGAGAGAGAAUGUCACCAGAGAAUAAGUAGUAAUCCUUCCACUCAUUGAAGUCUCACACUCCAACACAGUAGGUGGCGGUAAUGCACCUCAAGCUGGUUUGCCACCCGCCAUUAAACGAAAAAGAAGAAGAAGAAGAAAACAGAAAGAAGAAGAAGAUAGUUUCGCCGUAGUGUUUUGUAUGUUUUUUUUUUGUUUUGUUAUGGUAAUUUUACAUCAUAAUUGAAAUCCUUAAAGUUCUUUUUUUACGUAGCACCUAGUCAGAAACAGUCGUUUUGUUUGUUUUACUUGGUUUUGUUAUCAAUCGUCGCUUUCAGUGGGGUGUGGUCCAGAAACUAACGCUAAAAAUAUUUUUCUAAUGUCCAUCAAAAUCUGAUCUUGCUAAAAUCUUCAACAUUAUGAAAAUGACUUUAAUCUUCCUUCAUAUUUUGCUAUUUAUGUGCAGUGUGUUUGGUGCUGAUGCUAAUAAAGUGAAUUCAGUGUCAGUGUUUGAGGGAGAUUCUGCAACUUUAAAUCCUGGUCAGGAUUUACAGGGGAUUAUUCUGGUACUUUGGAGAUUUGGAGAUAAAGGUAACACCAUUGCUCAGGUCGAUGGAAAGGAUGUCUCAUAUCCUAACUACACUGAGCUAUUUAGAGGCAGACUGAAGCUGAAUCAGACCGGAUCUCUGACCAUCAACAACUUGAGAAGAAAACACUCUGGAGAUUAUAGAGUACAGAUUGACCACAGCGAUGGGCAAUUAGAAAUUCAGUUCAGUGUUCAUGUCAAUGAGCCUGUACGUUUAAUUGAUGUUCAUAAAGCUGAAUUGAAGAGAUUGUCAGUAAUUGAGGGAUAUCCUGUCACUCUUCACACUGAUGUUACUAAACUACAUGGAGAUGAGCUGAUAGUGUGGAGGUUUGGAGAUGAAGGAAAAAUCCUGGCUAAAGAAGAUAAAGAGACCAAGAAACCACCAUUUUAUGAUACUGAUGAGAAAUUUAGACUUCAGCUGAAUGACCAGACCGGAUCUCUGACUGUCAAUACGAUGAAAGACACAGAUGCUGGACUUUAUACUGUAAAGAUCAGCAGCAACAAACAGAUAACAUACAAAAAAUUCACUGUUACUGUCACUGGUUCAGGUCUGUCUUCAGAAUCUGUAGCAGGAAUUGUUGUUGUUCUGCUGCUGCUGUUUGGAGUUGCAGCUGUAUUGGGUUUUUUUAUCUAUCGCCGCAAGAUCUCUGAACUAAAGAAACAUCAGAAGCAUGUGCAGCAAGGAGAAUCUGUCACUCUAGAAUCUGACACUAAAAUACAGAGAGAUGAUGAAAUACAGUGGACGUUUGGAGAUCAAUAUCAGCUGAUCGCAAAAAUGGGAAAAAUGACUGGGGAGACCAGAGAGAUAACAUAUCCUGAUGAGAGAUUCGGAGACAGACUGUAUCUGGACGAAGAGACUGGAUCUCUUAUUAUCAAGAACAUCACUAAUGAACACAGUGGAGAUUUUAAAGUGAAGAUCAGCAGCUGGAGAAGAAUCACAAAGUUAAAGAUGUUCUGUGUUAAAGUCAAUGUGGAGAUGAAGUAUGUGCAGCAAGGAGAAUCUGUCACUCUAAAGCCUGACACUGAAAUACAGAGUGAUGAUGAGAUACAGUGGAUGUUUGGAGAUCAAGAUAUUCUGAUUGCAAUAAUGGGGAAAAUGACUGGAGAGCCCAGAGAGAUAACAUAUCCUGAAGAGAGAUUCAGAGACAGACUGAUGCUGCACAUGAACGCUGGAUCUCUGACCAUCGAGAACAUCACUAUUAAAGACACUGGAGAUUUUAAAGUAAAGAUCAGCAGCUGGAGAAGAAUCACAGAGUUAAAGAUGUUCUGUGUUAAAAUCAAUGAGGAGAAAGUGAGAGUGAUGGAGAGAAGGACAGCUGUUUUAGAGAGUGCUGCAGAAAUACAGAGCGACGAUCAUGUAGAAUGGAGGUUUGAACAUAUGAAGUCUCCCAUAGCUGAAAUCAAAGAUGGAGAGAUUUUUUUAUCUGAUGGUCAUCAUGGGAUCUUCAAAGACACACUGGAUCUGGACAAAAAAACUGGAUCCUUGACCAUCAAAAACAUCAAACUUGAACAUGCUGGGGCUUAUUAUCUGAAGAUCAAUAAUAGCAGCUCAGGAGCCCAUGAGAAAAGAUUCACUGUUGCAGUCAUGGCAGAGACAGUGACAUUCAUCCAGGGAAGGACAGCUGUUUUAAAGACUUCUGCAGAAAUACACAAUCAUGAUCAGAUAGAAUGGAGAUUUAACUAUAAGAGGUUUCCCAUAGCUGAAAUCAAAGAUGAGCAGAUCUCUACAUCUGAUGGUCCAGAUGGGAUUUUCAAAGACAGACUGGAGCUGGACAAGAAAACUGGAUCUCUGACCAUCAAGAACAUCAGUCAGGAACAUGCUGGGUUUUAUCAACUAAAUAUCAUGAAUAGCAGAUUAGCACUCCGUGUCAAAACAUUUAUUGUUUCUGUCGAUGCGGAGAAAGUGACAAUCGUGGAAAGAAGGGCAGCUGUAUUAAAGAAUUGUCCAGAAAUACAAACUGAUGAUCAGAUAGAAUGGUGGUUUAAUGAGUCUCUCAUAGCUGAAAUCAAAGCUGGAGAAAUCUCUACAUCUGAUGGUCCUGAUGGGGUUUUCAAAGACGCACUGGAGCUGGACAAGAAAACUGGAUCUCUGACUAUUAAGAACAUCAGAUAUGAACAUGCUGGGGGUUAUUGUCUAAAAAUCAAAAAUAGCAGAUUAGCAGAUCGUAUCAGAAGAUUCAUUGUUUUUUACAUGAAGAUGAAAGUGACACUAAUGGAGGGGAAGAAAGCUGAUUUAAAGCAUGAUUCAGAAGUACAGACUGAUGAUAAUUUAGAAUGGAUGUUCAAAUCUCUGAAGUCUAAAAACGAGUCUCUCAUAGCUGAAAUCAAAACUGGACGACAGGUCCUUAUACAUGCUGGUCCUGAUGAGAUUUUCAAAGACACACUGGAGCUGGAUAAAAAGACUGGAUCUCUGACCAUCAGGAACAUCAGACCUGAACAUUCUGGGGAUUAUUGUCUAAAGGUCAUAAAUAGCAGCUCAGAAGCUAAUGGGCAAACGCAUGAUGUUUUUGUUGUGGACGAGCCCACAAAAGUCAUGGAAGGAACAUCAUUUGUUUUGGAAAGUGCUGCAGAAAUACAGAAAGACGAGGUUAUAGAAUGGAGGUUUAACACUGAUAAGUCUCCCAUAGCUGAAAUCAAAGAUGAGCAGAUCUCUACAUCUGAUGGUCCUGAUGGGAUGUUCAAAGACACACUUGAGCUGGACAAAAAGACUGGAUCUUUGACCAUUAGGAACAUCAGACUUGAACAUGCUGGGUUUUAUCAACUAAUUAUCAAGAAUAAGUGUUCAGCUUUUUUUCACUCUUUUUUCAAUAAAGACAUAUCCGAGCUGGAUGAGGAAACCUCAGAGGACAGUAAACCUGAAGAUAGUGAGUUUAUUGAUCAACUAAACACCAUGGAUAGCAGCUCUGAAGCCUCUGACAAAGCAUUCAAUAUUUGUGUCCCUAAAGACAAAUCCGAGCUGGAUGAGGAAACCUCAGAGGACAGUGAAACUGAAGAUGUGGAGAAAGUGACAUUCAUGGAGGGAAAGACAGCUGUUUUAAAGACUUCUACAGAAAUACAGACUGACGAUCAUAUAAAAUGGAGGUUUAACAAUAAUAAGUCUCCCAUAGCUGAAAAUAAAACUGGACAGAAUUUUACUGGUCCUGAAGAGAUUUUCAAAGACAGACUGGAGCUGGACAAGAUGACUGGAUUUCUGUCCAUCAAGAACAUCAGUCAGGAACAUGCUGGGAUUUAUCAACUAAAGAUCACGAAUAGCAGCUCAGCAGCCUAUGUCAAAACAUUCAUUGUUAUUGUCAAAAAGGAGAAAGUGAGAGUCGUGGAGGGAAAGACAGCUGUUUUACAGACUCCUGCAGAAAUACAGAAUUAUGAUCAUAUAGAAUGGAGGUUUAACAACAAUGAGUCUCCCAUAGCUGAAAUCAAAACCGGAAAGAUCCCCACAACUGCUGGUCCUGAAGAGAUUUUCAAAGACAGUUUGGAGCUGGAUGAGAAAACUGGAUCUCUGACCCUCAAGAACAUCAGACGUGAACAUGCUGGGAUUUAUCAACUAAAGAUCAUGAAUAGCAGCUCAGCAGUCAGUGUCAAAACAUUCCAUGUUAUUGUCAUUGCUGAAAUCAAAACUGGACAGUUCUUUCCAUUUCAUGGUCCUGAAUGGUUAAUGGAACGCAGAUUUAUUGGAAGGGUACCGGAAGAGGAAACAGCAAUUUCAACCACUGAGAACAUCAGACGUGAACAUGAUGGAUUUUAUCAACUACAGAACAGCAGCUUAGUAGGCUAUGUCAAAACAUUCCAUAUUUGUGUCAAUGAGGAGAAAGUGACAUUUGUGGAGGGAGAUACAGCUGUUUUAGAGAGUGCUGCAGAAAUACAGAAUCAUGAUCAGAUAGAAUGGAGGUUUAACUCUAAGAAUCUCAUAGCUGAAUUCAAAACUGGACAGAUCUUUCCAUCUGCUGGUCCUGAUAGGAUUUUCAGAGACAGACUGGAGCUUGAUGAGAAAACUGGAUUUCUGACCAUCAGGAACAUCCAACGUGAACAUGCUGGGAUUUAUCAACUAAAGAUCAUGAAUAGCAGCUCAGCAGUCAGUGUCAAAAGAUUAACAGUUAUUGUCAAUGAGGAGAAAGUGAAAGUGAUGGAGGGAAGGACAGCUGUUUUAGAGAGUGCUGCAGAAAUACAGAGCGACGAUCAUGUAGAAUGGAGGUUUAACUAUAAGAAGUCUCCCAUAGCUGAAAUCCAAGAUGAGCAGAUCUCUACAUUUGAUGGUCAUGGUGAGAUGUUCAAAGACAUACUGGAGCUGGACAAGAGGACUGGAUCUCUGACCAUCAUGAACAUCAGACCUGAACAUGCUGGGUUUUAUCUACUAAAGGUCACGAAUAGCAGCUCAGUACCCCGUGAGAAAAGAUUCACUGUUGCUGUCAUUGUUUCCAAAAGAAAACAAGUGAAGAAUUCAGCAAUUGAAGAAACACCACUGUCACAUGAAGACACACCACUGUUGUGUGAAGAUGAUGUCAUAUAUGAGAACGAGAGGAUGAGUUCACUUUAAUGAGAAAAGACACGCCCACCAGUGUCAAUCACAGUGUGUUAUCAUCAACAUUUAACUAUCCGCUUGUUAGAUUUUGCUAUAUUUGGCUUAACCGUUCUUGGGUGGCUCGCCAAUGUAUUGGAUUACUCUAAUACAUAAAAUAAGUAAGCUGACCAAAGUUCUUACGGAGAGAAGAUUUUAUUGAAGACAAUCAAUAGUGCAGUUCCUCUGCAGUGAUGUUAACCCGUCGGUCUUCAAGUAACUUAACUCAAAGUACUGUCUGAGACAGUACUUUUUACUCUAGCAUCAAACAAACCAUUCUGUUUACGAGGCUCAGCAGGACCCUCUUCAGAUGUUUCAGCUGUUGUUUUGCUAAUACCCAUUGAGAUUGUAAAAGAGUCAUUUAGUUCACACCUAUCAGUUUGUGGGGGUUGAGGCAGAGGUAACCCCAUCUUAUCACAUCAGAGUUUAAUUAAUGUAAAUGCAACUGAACUAAAAUGCACAUAAUCUUUCACACUUUUGCCAAAAUCAUAUUUCUGUUUUCUGAUCUUCUAGAAACAGUCCUUUGAACAUAAAAUAUCUUGUUCUUGUUCAACCGUUAAGCUCUCAUGUAAAAAUAAUAAAAAAAUAUAUUUGUAAUAUAAUUAUAUAAAUGAUGAUGAUAGAAUAGUACAUACAUUUUUUGUCAUUUAUUAUUGUUGCAUAUUAUAUCUGUUUUUAAACUUUGAUUUCAUGUGACUGAAAACAUUGAUCAGCUUUUAUAAGAUAUUUUAUCUUAGCUAGGGCCGCACUGUAAAUCAUUUCAGCAUCGGUAUUCGGUAAUGCAAUGUGCGAAUAUGUAAUAGUCAAAUUGCAGAAUCUGUUGUGAUAAUAAUUAAUCAGGAAACAGUUCAAAAUACAAGCAAAGUUUAUCCCUACUACAGAAAGAGCACGGAAACUGUGUUUUUAAGGUAUACGAGUUUGUUUGAUUUCAAGCUAAUUUAAACCUUUUGGGAAUAAGAAACUAUAAAAUUUGUAGCUUUGACAGAUUAAUUAACAAAGACUAUACAGUUUUAUUCAACAUUUCAUUUCAUUGUUUGAUUACCUUACAUUAUUAUUUUACUUUUUACCUCAAUACUGGUAGAAUAUCCCCAAAUUCAUAAAGCACUGUUUGAAUCUUUGUUCUAAUCCAUUAAUUGUGCUUGUAUUAUUCUUCAUAACAAACACAUUCCCUACAAAAUUAUCACAAUGUAAAAUUGUGAAUUCUUUCCUAAUAAAUCAUCUUAUGGAGAUGCCUUAAUAUCACAAUAUUUUUCACCUUGGAAUUAUGAGGUUCUAUCUGCAUUCUGAAUGAUUUUAAGAUAUUGAGCUUCAAAGUUUUUGCCACAUUUACAUUUAGUCAUUUAGCAGAC